UAGAUCUAUAUAGGUAAUCCUAUAGUAUAUGGUUCCACUCUGCUGAGUCGUCGUAUACUUCAGAGAUCUGGAUCCACUCACACGUUAAAGCUGUUGUAGUAUGUACCUGUGUGUAACAGUGUGGGCUGGACAAGGGUGAUAUGGAUACUGGCUGGUGAUAAGUGUAGUUGGGGUGGUGUCGUAACUCGGUCAGAGUUGGUGUUACUAGUUAUAAGUGCCUUGUACUACGACCUACAACUAGAUGACUUGCACUACGGACUGAGCCACUUGAACGACAAACAACUCUGUCUUAACUGCAGCUCACAGCAAGUGUGAUUAUCGAGUGCAUGAGAAGAUUGUGUACAGGUCGCAGGCAGCUAGUCUAUGUGUUCAGCAUCAACAGGCAGAUAUACAGCUUAUCCACCAGUGGGAUAUAAAGUGUAUACAGCACUGUCGACAUGGUGCUGUAUCCCACACAAGUCAUCAGUGUUUAGAUCUGUUGUUUAUAGAGCUGCUGUUUUACAAGGCUAGCUGGGGUUAGGAUGCACAGAGCUGGAAUAACUGUUUGAUACCUGUCUGUAAUCACCUGUGGCUGGUCAGUGCCGCUGCUACCCCUGAUGGAUAGUCAUUCUGUGUGUUACGGAGCCUGUGUUUACUGUCAGUGUAAAUAAGUCUGUUGCCAGCAAAACACGCCUGUCUUCAUUAUUGGAAAAUAUAACGGUGAUUGGUUCAGGAUUUCUGUUGAGGCAGGAUUAUCAGAGCUGCGAAGGCAAUCAGUUAACAGGUUUCCUCAGAGAACAUUUGUUCUGAGGACUUUUUUUCCUAGGACUUUUCUUCUGAGGACUUUUCUUCUAAGGACGUUUUGCCAGCUGGGUAUGAGGGUAUUUGCCCUGACAGUUGGGAUCUAACUGGGUGGAGGUCAGGCAGGUACUCCGUGUUUGUUUAUAUUACUCCCACUGCCACGUAAAGUAACAGUGUAAUCUAUCCAUUGAGGCAGUGGUGUUGGUACGUGUGCGAUUACGUAUCAGUUCGAAAACAUAUCAUGUACGCCCACCGUCUGACAGUCAAAGGAUAAGUGGUCACAGUUGACUUGACAGUUGGGUAUUCCACGGCAGGCAGGGGGUGUGUUUAUGUCCUUCCAACACCGUUUACUAUUCACACAAGGAUCAGCUGGAAUAAGCCUUCACAGCUAAGAUCUUAAUAUCUGAUGUUUGUUUGCAGUCAGUGGGUAGAUCGGCUAACUAGUAUUGAUCAGAGUUGGAUCUAUGAAGAUGGAUAUUGAGUGUUGCAAUUAUGGAAAUAGUGUGGUUCCGAUCAGCGCUUUGAGUGUGACGUAAUGGAAAUGUGUCGGUCAUCGGAUCGGGCACUGGCGAAUGGCUUCACAUUGAUCAAGAUUAAAAAUUGAGGUUCCUUGUGAAAGUAGACUUUGUUGGCUGUGUGAGGGAAUCCAGGGAUAGACGGUGGGAAGACGGAAUCAAUAGCAAGUCUUUCAGCCGACACAGUUCCUCUCAUGUACUGACAGAAAGGCACUGCUUAGACCGUUACUCGUGGGAGCGAUCACAAUCGGUGGAAAUAUCACAACUGUCCACGACAACAUUGAAUCUGCCAUGGCUUACUUUGAUGUGCUUAAUCCAUGCUGAUUUACCCUUGAGGAAUAUUGUAUUGACUUUUUGAAAAACAGUGUUGUCAUAUAUACCAGCAUGAAUUUCCUUGGAUUCGAACGUCCCCGUCUGCGACGGAAAUCGUAUGCAGCUCCAGGGACCUUGUAUGAUAUUCCUGAUACUGACAAACCUGUUGAUUUUUACCAGGAACAAAUGUUGAUAAAGUCCCAGAGAGACCAGCGGAGGCGUGGCUCCGUCCCCGCCCGGACUACGGACCUAAGUGCCUUUGCGAUGCCUCUCCUGGACUCGGAUGUGGCAGAUGGAAAUAUGAUGGAUGUAGACCAAGACUUCCGUCCCAGAGCGGGAUCUACGGGUCUGAAAAGCCUGCUCAGUGGGAAAACUCGGCAACGAAACAAAUCCGGGGAAGACAGUAAAAGUGGUUCUCCUACAACAUCUUCAAAAGUGAAAAACUUUUUUGACAGUUUUCGUCCACGUUCCAAGUCGGAUGUGUCUGGUAUGAAGAAGCCGGGGAAGAAGCCCGCUAUGGUCAUGGAGCGUUCUAUGGACGAGUCGCAGCUUCACGCACACGGAGUUACGCCGACUAUGUUAGCCCCGAGGGGCCCCGCUGACCCUAUAUCCCCAAUGGGGCAGAUCUUGGAGGGACAGAUGCUAGAUGCUAAGGGAGACAGAGCCAGGCAUAAGUCAGGACCCUCCACCCCUGUUGAACAGUUUAUGAAUAAAUUUCGGACUAGGUCAAAUUCAGAUUCAAGGCCGAGGUCCCCGAGGAAAAAGCUAGAGACACAGAAAAGUUUCAGUCCUCCCGGCAGUCCAUCAUCACUAAGAGACGGAAAAUUAUCGCCCCUCCGGUUCCAGUCCAGCAACGAGCCCAAGUCCGCACCACCCACCAUGGCACGAUCCUUCCAGAAUGACCACUCGCAUGCAAUUAUAUACAAGUCCGACCUCAUGAAGUUAUCAAUGGACUCUGAUGUAGACAAAAUGGAAAUAGAAGAUUUAGAUGAAAACGAGGAACAAGUUUUUGCCAAAUUUAUGCGUGCCCACAAGUGCUAUGAUCUCAUUCCCACUAGUGCGAAGCUGGUCAUAUUUGAUACACAGUUAAACGUUAAGAAAGCAUUCUUUGCGUUGGUGUACAAUGGUGUUCGAGCAGCGCCGUUAUGGGACAGUGCCAAACAAGACUAUGUUGGGAUGCUGACAAUCACUGACUUCAUCAAUAUACUGAAGAUGUACUACAAGUCUCCCCUGGUGCGGAUGGAUGAGUUGGAAGAUCACAAGAUCGAGACAUGGAGAGAGGUGCUACGAGACAAGCAGAAGCCGUUUGUGUGCAUCGACCCCGACGCCAGCUUGUACACGGCCGUGAAGACGCUGAUAGAGAACCAUGUCCACCGUCUACCUGUGGUGGACAAGAACACCGGCAAUGCCAUCUACAUCCUCACACACAAGAGGAUACUGCGCUUCCUCCAUCUAUAUAUUCAAGAUCUACCCAAACCCUGCUUCAUGUUGAAGACCAUUCGGGAGCUGGGUAUAGGAACCUAUGACAAUGUCAUCACGACGUCCCAGGACACACCGCUGAUCAAGGCUCUCAACAUGUUCAUGGAUCACCGGAUAUCUGCCUUGCCUGUCGUGGAUGACCAGCACAAGGUCGUCGACAUAUACGCCAAGUUUGAUGUCAUUAACCUGGCUGCCGAGAAGACCUACAACAACCUUGAUGUGACCAUAGCCCAGGCUCUGCAGCAUCGGUGUGAUGGGUUUGAAGGGGUAGCGAAGUGUAUGGAGACCGACACGCUGGGUCAGGUGAUGGACACGAUCGUCAAGGCAGAGGUACAUCGGCUGGUGGUUGUUGAUGCAGAGGAUCAUGUCGUCGGCAUCGUGUCUCUCUCCGAUCUUCUUACAUUCAUAGUUCUCAAGCCAAUGGGUGUUGAACCCUCCAAGAAGUCUUGAUAUGCAAAUACUCAGGGAUCUUACUGUGAUGAUUGUCAACACAAGAAGCUAAGCUGGACUCGGCCGACAUGGAAGUUACACUGAACGCCAGGGACGCGAACAGCUGUCACAUGGAGGAAGCUGAUCGCGUUGUGAUAUUACACAUAUCCUCAGCAGGCUGCUUCGUCAAAUGGCGGUGUCGAGAGUGUAUUUUUGGAACAUCUAAGGAUAAGUUGGCCGAGUGGGACCGAACUGAUUAUUAUCAUUAUAUCUGCUGUAGACCUACAGGUACUGUUCGAUCCUUCAAGGCAGCCAGAGCUUUCACAACCCAUCUUAGUCUAGAAUCAGGAUGGGGACACGUUAUCUAGGAGCACUGUACCAAGAAUAUAAGACCAAGCUUGAAAAAUUGUUUCUUGAGUAAAUUGUAAGUUCUUGCUUACAGUAGUUUGUGAAAGGUGUUGAACUGAAAGAGAUGACUGCUGUUUAUGUUUGGGGAAAAUGAAAGAUGUGUCUUCGUUGCUGCCUCCCACUUUGAGGACUGUGGUCCGGAAUCAGAGCCUCCAGUUAUGACACUGUCUUAAACCAAAAGCAGGUAGCGAGAUUUGUGAUCUGAAGGAAUGAAAGACGUGACCUUUUUAUAUUAUCAAUUUUGAUAUUAAACUUUAAACUUUUUUUAUCGCUGAAAAGAUAGAUAUGAGAAGUUUGCUUGGAAUUCAUGCUAGGGUUGUGAAAUUAAUUCUAGCUCAUUUUGGCUCCAAGUCAUUAUCAAGGAUCUCUUGAAUUUGAUUGUGAAUUGUUAUAGGAAACAAAUCAUGUAGCUCAUCUUUGUUUUGUUGACUGUAUUGUUGGGAUGGAAAUUUUAGCAUGAUUGGUUGUAUUGUUUGUGAUAACAUGUCCUACAUACCUAUGCAAGUACAUUGAUUAUAUUCAUGGAAUAAUCAAAACAUUGAUUAAGAGGUGUUGAUAUUAUGGUGACUCAAUGUCGGGGCUUGGUUCAGGGCAUUAUGGACCUGGGAGAGGUCGCCGGAGGUGGUAGUAGUCAUGAUAUGUGUCAAAUGGGAUCCAAGAAAUGUUUACCUAACCUUUGGAAAAUUGUUACGAGGUGAGCUUGCAAUAUAUGUACGUCUCAGUGAUAAGUACUCCAGUGGGGUCAGCUGGGUGUCGUAAGUGUCAAUCCUAGGGGGAAGAAUCAUGCUAAAGUUUUCCAGUGACAACUAGUCUAUUGUGGUUGUGUUGAAGAUUGUGUGGCCAGGGUUAGCUGGUACUGUCACCCAUUGCAAGUCGGUUUGAUAUGCCAUGAUAUAACUGGAAUACUGUUUAAACCCAAAUCACUUGUAGAUACAUGCAUAGAUACUGAUGUGCGCGAAGAUACUUAUCAAACCUUGUCGUUUGAGUUCAGUUUGAUUUGUCCAUUGAAAGAAGGACUGGUUCUGACUUCACAUGGAUUAAGUUCCUGAUUUCAAUGGUUAUGUGCCACACAAUCAACAUAAUACUUUUUUUCUUAGCAUCAUCCAAGAUUCUGUAUUAUUUCUCUUCCAUGUCUGAAACGUGUUCAAGAAGUUGUCUCCCCUGGUUAAUCUAAAUUUCGCUCAUUUCUGAUUUUGGUUCAUAAACUUUGUUAAAUAUGUGCAAACUAACACUAGGUUUAUCUAGAUGUAACGUUUGAGUUAGCAGACCAAGUGGGAUUUGAAUGACUUGAAUCAAAAGUGCUAGGACAACCAAUUGUCCCCCUUGGAGUGUUGAGGCCUGUUUUCUGCUAAUGAAACAGUAGUGAGGUUUGAGACUGGCCACAUGACUGUAGAGUGUGUACAAACUGUUGUGUAUAUAUUGAGUAUGUCAAGAGCUAACUGAUGCUACGUGUGUGUACAGUAACUGCUUUUACAUAUAUAACACAGAUUCUUCUCCGAGGUUGUCCUUGAUUUUAGUGUAUUAUAUCUCAUUUUAUUAUGAUAAUAUUCUGGACCCAUUCGCAAUUAUUGCUACGUUUGGAGUCUGGCUCGAAUGAUGCCCUAAAAAUAACCAUCCAUUUCAUGAUUUUGAUUGGUUGAUGAUUUAAGGGUAUGUGUCAUAAUAGAAUAGAGAAAUGAUAUGCUGGAAAAUUAAGGAUGCUGGAGACUCGCCAGCAGGAAUACAACACUCACACAUCUCAUAAACAUGGGGACAAGUUUGUGUUGAGUUGGAUGUCUGCUGUGUUGGUCUAUGUAGUUGUACAGAUCAGAGGAUAGACAAUAUUAUGUUGACAGUUGCCCAGGUUGUCAAUAAAUAAAUUAAUUCUGUA